AAGAAAAGAGAGUAAUUAAGAAGAACUAAGAUGAAGAUGUUCAGUGUGCGUUUUAUUCUUCUUAUUCUAUGUAUGUUCUUCAGUCGUUCUUUGUCAAAGCUUGAAAGGUUGAAGCAUCCGGUGACGAAAUCUGAUGGCUCUUUGGACAUUCUGGUCGUCGGAGAUUGGGGACGACAAGGAGGUUUUAAUCAAUCUCUCGUUGCUCAACAGAUGGGACUUGUGGGGGAGCAACUAGACAUAGAUUAUGUGAUAUCAGUCGGAGAUAAUUUCUACGACGACGGUUUAAAAAACGACACUGACCCUGCUUUUGAAUCUUCAUUCUCUCAUAUUUACACUCAUCCUAGUCUCCAAAAAAAGUGGUAUUCUGUUUUGGGGAACCAUGAUUACAGAGGAAAUGUUUCAGCACAACUAAGUCAUGUUCUCACCCAAAAAGAUGAGAGAUGGAUUUGUCGCAGAUCUUUCGUCUUAUUUUCAGGAAUGGUAGAAUUUUUCUUCGUGGACACAACUCCAUUUGUAGAAGAAUACUUCACAGAUCCAGAAGACCACACUUAUGAUUGGAGCAACGUGUUACCCAAGGAUAGAUAUAUCUCCAACCUCUUACACGAUUUAGAUUCAGCGCUUAACAAGUCGCGUGCCACAUGGAAAUUUGUCGUGGGACAUCAUGGGAUCAAAACCGCUGGUGAACAUGGUCCGACCCAAGAGCUUAUCGAUCAACUUCUUCCAAUUCUAGAGCGGAAUAAAGUGGACGUGUACAUGAACGGACAUGAUCAUUGCUUGCAACACAUUGGGUCCGAACGUGGGAUUCAAUUUCUGACAAGUGGAGGAGGAUCAAAGGCAUGGAGAGGAGUUAUUCUGCCGGUGGAUCCAAAAGAACUCAAACUUUAUUACGACGGACAAGGUUUCAUGUCUCUUCACAUCACUCGCUCUAAGACUAAGUUCAUCUACUAUGACGUUUCCGGAAAUGUUCUUCACCAAUUCACCUUGUCCAAAACUUUUGGCCACUAGUGAAGAUUAUUCCUCUAAAGAAAGAGAGAGAGAGAGAGA